AACAAAGGUUUUGGAGUUUUUGGAGUCAAGAAAAUGUAUCGAACUUGAAAAAAAACUUGAAAAGGAAAAUUGUUCAGAGGAACGUAAGAAUAGACAGCUUUUAUCUCUUGGACGUAAAGAAUCAUCAUUCUUAAGACUUCGAAGAACAAGGCUAGGUUUAGAUGAUUUUAUUACUGUUAAAGUAAUCGGCAAAGGCGCGUUUGGUGAGGUCCGGUUAGUCCAAAAAACCGAUUCGGGUAAGAUAUAUGCGAUGAAGACAUUACGAAAAGCUGAUAUGUUUAAGAGGGAUCAGUUGGCCCAUGUAAAAGCUGAACGCGACGUUCUUGCAGAAUCAGAUUCUCCAUGGGUGGUUCAACUAUAUUAUUCAUUUCAGGAUUCUUCAUACCUUUAUCUCAUCAUGGAAUUUUUACCUGGUGGAGAUUUGAUGACAAUGUUAAUCAAGUAUGAUACUUUCUCGGAAGAUGUGACACGGAAG